AUGGAAGUGCGCACCCUAGCACAAUGCCUUCGAGCAUCCUCAAGGCCGAUGCUCCGGUCAACACGCCCCAAUAACCGCUUCAUGGCCCUCUCCCAGCGAUGCUACGCUUCAUCUGACUCGAAUGACUCAACUGGAAUCCCUUCAACCGAAGAACUACUCUCGUCUCUCCGUGGAACCCCCAAAUCUAAAUCCAAGCCCAAGUCAAAUGCCAAACCCGAUUCCAACUCCAACUCCAACGCCAACGCGGACGCAGAUGCGAACUCAAACACCUCUGAACUAAAGAACAGCAGAUUCUCCAUCUCCUCCGAUGCCGACGCAAUCCUCCGCAGCCUGGAUCUAAGCAACAUCCGGGAAACAUCGAAAACCAUCCGACGAGCACGGCAAGAAGAAGGUGAACGCGCCGCCAUUGCCCGGAAACCGAUCACCCCUCAGCGUGUCUUCGUUAACCCCAUGGAGCUCUCCAAGACCGUUGGCACGAACACAGUGUCGAGCAUUAAUAGUAAUCGCUCCCAUCUCCCACUGCCGACUCAGCAUGCCACUGCGCUUCCUCGGGUGGAUCUGAAAUUAGGUCCCGAGCUGGGGAGGCAGGUGCAUGUUGAUCCGAUUCGGGGCGUGGAUCUUGCGGCUGCGUUGAGGAAUUUGAAUAUCAAUUGUGCGAAGAAUCAAGUGCGGAGUCAGGCAAAUGCGCAGAGGUUUCAUGUGAGGAGGGGUCAGAUGCAGAAGAAUCUGAGAAUGCAGAGGUGGAGGCGGUUGUUCAAGUUUUCAUUUAAGGAGACUGUGUCGAAGAUUCAGAAGAUGAGGGCUCAGGGGUGGUAG